CGGGCAGCGCGGCGGCGGCGGGGCUCGGGGGCGCCGCGUGCGAGGGGAGUUCCCCGGCGGGGCGCGGGCGCGCAGAUGGCGACGCAGGUGGAGGCGCUGCUGCCCGGCGCCCCGCUGCUGCCCGCCGAGGAGCGCGCCCUGGUGCUGAAGCCGCCGCAGGACGGCGGCCGGGAGAAGGGCGAGCCGCCCAUGGGCCCCGACGGCGGCCCCGCGGCGCCGCGGCCGCCCAGCGCCAAGCAGCAGAAGGAGGAGAGCAACAACCAGGAGAAGGAGAGCCUGCUGCGGGCGGGCGGUGAGGCGGAGGACGGCGGCGAGGCGGGCGGCGCGGGGCGCCGGGAGUUCAUCGAGGCCCCGCCGCCCAAGGUGAACCCCUGGACGAAGAACGCCCCGGCCGCCGCGCCGGCGGUGAACGGGCAGUCGCCUCCAGGGGUGUUCCUCUUGCACCUUGGUGAUGCUGGAAGUCUUCAUCCCUUUUCAAAUAUAUUUCCAACUGACGGCCAGUCUGAACACACAACUCCUGCGAAGGUGGUGAGGGCUGCCAACCCGAGACAGCGGAAGGGAAGCAAGGUUGGGGACUUCGGUGAUGCCACAAACUGGCCAACACCUGGAGAAAUAGCCCACAAGAGUGUCCAGCAGCCACACAAAGCACCAUCCCUCCGGAAACUGCCUGUCAAGAAAGACAUGAAAGAGCAGGAGAAAGGGGAUGGGAGUGACAGCAAAGAGAGCCUGAAAACCAAAUCAGAUGAGUCUGGGGAAGAGAAGAAUGGUGACGAUGACAACCAGAAGUCAGCCCAGAAGAAGAAAGGCAACAAACACAAGUGGGUCCCUUUGCAGAUAGACAUGAAGUCAGAGGUGCCAAGGGACAAAACGGCGUCUCGGAACAACCGGCAAAACGAGCAGCACAGGCACCCCUCCAACAACCGCAGUGAGCUGAAAGGCUGGCACCCAGACAACAAGCACGAGCGCAGCUGGCAGGACCAUGAUGAAACCUCCAGUGUGAAGAGCGAGGGAGGAGCUGUGCGAGGGACCUUCCGGGGCCGAGGCCGGGGCCGUGGCAGGGGCCGUGGCCGGGGCAGAGGGCACUUUGACUACCAGUAUGGCUACCGGAAAUUUGAGGGCUCGGAUGGCUCCCGCACCCAGAAGUACGCUAGCAACAUCACUUACUACUUCGACAACAUCAGCAGCGCCGAGCUUUACAGCGUGGACCAGGAACUACUCAAAGACUACAUCAAGCGGCAGAUAGAAUAUUACUUCAGUGUGGACAACCUGGAGCGAGACUUCUUCCUGCGUCGCAAGAUGGACUCGGACGGCUUCCUUCCCAUCACCCUGAUCGCCAGCUUCCACCGGGUGCAGGCGCUGACCACAGACAUCAGCCUCAUCAUCAAGGCUCUGAAGGACAGCAAGGUGGUGGAAAUCGUGGAUGAGAAGAUCAGGAGAAAAGAGCAGCCAGAAAAAUGGGCUCUCCCUGGCCCUCCAAUGGCAGACUACACGCAGACGGACUUUUCGCAGUUCAUCAACUGCCCUGAGUUUGUGCCCCGGCAGAGCUUCCAGAAGGAGACAGAGUCUGCUCCUGGCUCCCCACGUCCCUCCAGCCCAGUCCCCACCAAAACGGAGGAGGUCAGUAACCUGAAGACUAUGCCCAAGGGCCUGUCCACAAGUCUGCCAGACCUGGAUUCAGAGACGUGGAUUGAAGUGAAGAAGAGACCUCGGCCCUCCCCAGCCAGGCCCAAGAAACCAGAGGAGUCAAAGACACUGCAGCAGCAAAAGCAAAAGGACCAAGAUGAACCCGAAGAGCUAGACUUCCUCUUCGAUGAGGAGAUGGAGCAGAUGGAUGGCCGCAAGAACACUUUCACUGAUUGGUCAGAUGAAGAUUCGGAUUACGAGAUUGAUGAUCGGGACGUGAACAAGAUUCUCAUCGUGACGCAGACACCUCCUUACCUGCGCCGGCAUCCUGGUGGGGACCGGACUGGCAAUCACACAUCCAGGGCUAAAAUGAGCUCAGAGCUGGCUAAGGUGAUCAACGAUGGGCUGUACUACUAUGAGCAGGACCUGUGGACAGAGCAGUUUGAGCCAGAGUAUUCGCAGAUCAAGCAAGAGGUGGAGAACUUCAAGAAGGUGAAUAUGAUCAGCAGGGAGCAGUUUGACACCCUGACCCCAGAGCCCCCUGUGGAUCCAAAUCAGGAAGUCCCUCCUGGUCCCCCCAGGUUCCAGCAAGUACCUACAGACGCUUUGGCUAACAAGUUGUUUGGAGUCCCCGAGCCUUCAACCAUUGCCCGGUCUUUGCCUACGACUGUACCAGAGUCGCCCAACUACCGCAAUGCCAGGACCCCCCGGACCCCUCGCACGCCUCAGCUGAAGGACCCAACACAGACGCCCCGGUUCUACCCAGUGGUGAAAGAGGGCAGGACGAUAGAUGCCAAGACUCCGCGCAAGAGGAAGACGAGGCACAGUUCGAACCCCCCGAUGGAGUGCCAUGUGGGCUGGGUGAUGGACUCUCGGGAGCACAGGCCCCGAACUGCCUCCAUCAGCUCGAGCCCUUCGGAGGGGACCCCGGCUGUCGGAAGCUACGGCUGCACCCCGCAGUCCCUGCCCAAGUUCCAGCAUCCUUCACAUGAGCUUCUUAAGGAGAAUGGCUUCACGCAACAUGUCUACCACAAGUACCGUCGGCGCUGCCUUAAUGAGCGGAAGCGGCUGGGCAUUGGUCAGUCCCAGGAGAUGAACACGCUUUUCCGGUUCUGGUCCUUCUUCCUCCGAGAUCACUUCAACAAGAAAAUGUAUGAGGAGUUCAAGCAACUGGCUGUGGAGGACGGGAAGGAGGGGUACAGGUACGGUCUGGAGUGCCUUUUCAGAUACUACAGCUACGGGCUGGAGAAGAAAUUCCGGCCAGACAUCUUUAAGGACUUCCAAGAAGAGACCAUCAAGGAUUACGAGGCUGGACAGCUCUAUGGGCUGGAAAAGUUCUGGGCCUUCUUAAAAUAUUCCAAAGCCAAAAAUCUGGACAUUAACAGCAAACUGCAAGAAUACCUCAGCAAGUUCAAGCGCCUCGAGGACUUCCGAGUGGAUCCACCCAUGGGGGAGGAAGGUGGACACAAGAGAUACCCUACGACGUCAGGAGAUGGCAGGAAGCGCUACCCAUCCCAGUCUUCCAGCAAAACAGUCAGCCAGUGCCCACCCAGCCAAGCCCACGCCUCGCCCAGCCAGCCUGCACAAGAGGAUGCCAAAAACCUGAGCCAGCAAUCCCCCGCCCUGUCGGCUGCAGAAUCGCAGACAGUGGGGAAGUAGAGAGGCUGCAGCAUCUGCUUCCUGCCGGGGGACGGGGUGGGUUGGUGGGAGACUGGCUCGGAGAAGGGGAGAUGUGAGGGGGUGGGACAGGAAGGAAGCUGGAAGGUGGGUGCCCAGGAAUAGGCUGCUUGGGAGAAACUUCAACGCACAUGAUUUUUUUUCUCUUGUGGCUGGAAAGCAAAGACGAUUGCAUUUAAAACACCAUUUUGCUAUUACAACCCUGACCAGAGCCAGACCCGCUCCCAGCAGGCCCAUCCUUUGCUUUCCCUUCCCUCCCCUCCUGUGCACACACUCAUGUCUUAGUGUCUUUAAAAAAAAAAAAAAAGUGUUCUGGCUGGGUUGGAAAGGGGAGAUUUUUUUAUUAUUAUAUAUAUAUAUCAAGUUUUAAAUUAUUGCUAGAGGUUUGUCUGGAUUUACCAAAACAAGUCUGCUCUGUGCGGCCCCAAUGACUCCCCUCAGUGUCCCCCCUCGGAUCGCAGGGCAGCCCGCUCAGGAAGCUCAGAGGAGCGAGGUUCCCUGAUGGGGGACCGAAGCCACAGCGUGUCGCAGUGCUGCAGAGCCUCUGAUCUCCACGACCUGGCUGACUUCUCCCAUUCCACGUGUGGCGGUUCCUCUCCGACACCAACCGCCACGACAGGAGCAUCACCCUGUUUGUCCUCCUGAUCCCUCCUCCCCGACGUCUUCACCUCCGACCUUCCCGAGGGUCUGGCUCUCCUUCUGCCCGCCUCUCCCUUCCAUCACGGACAAUUUGGAAGUCAACCAAAGGACCUUUGCCAAGGAUAGGCUUGUUCUAACUCCUUCCUGCGAGGAUGGCUGGUGGGAAGCCGGCAGGCACCUGGACUCAAGCCUGCAUGGACGAUGCACCCGCUGCUCCAGGAAUGCCCAUCGCAUGCAAAGACAGGACUUUGCCAAAGGAGGGUUUCUCUUCCUUUUCCCUUGGAAAAAUGAAAUGACAACAACAAAAACAAACACAAACCCCUCUGAAAGGAAUGAAAAAAAAAAAAACAAAACACUUUAAAAAGACACCAUCUCCCUUUGCUUUCUUCCUUGGAAAUACUAUUGAAGAAAAAAAAAAACCAGAACAAAAACAAAAACAAAAAAAAAAACAAACAAAAAACCCAAAAAACCACACAAAAAAAAGUUGCCUUAUGGUAGAGCUGGACCGGGAGGCUUGCUAGCUUCCUGCACCCUGGGGCACACUGGGCUCUUGGCCCCCCCCCAUCCCCUCAGCCCGGAGACUCCUCAUGGCAUUGCUGCCGAGCUGAUCUUCCCUGCGGCCUUUCCUCUGACCCCCGCAGCUCACUCGGAUAUUUCCCCGCAUCGUGGAGACCCGCUACCAGCCCUGGUUCUUGCGGGGGAAGGUGCCCAGGGCAGUCAAAUCCAAGACUUGUGCUCAUGAGUAAAGCCGCUAUGUUGUGUAUAUAGCAUUGUAGCAUCUUCCCGCGACAGCGACUUGUACGUGCUUAUGGCCUCGCUCAGCCGCCCCGUGCCCUCUCCAGGCAGGCUGGGGCAGGAGGUGGGUCUGCUCCAGCCCGCACCUUCAGCGUGGUCAGGGGGUGAGCGGGGAGAUCUGUCACAGCAGCUGUGGAGGGACUGACUGGUCCUUGCUGCGAGCAGGUAGGAGGGCUGGUGUCUCCCUGGUGCCACCGUAAUGCUGUAGCCUGAAGAAGGAGCAACGCAGCCCCAGGGAACCCGUGUCUUGCAGCCCUUACCGGCCCAGGGCUGCUGGUGGGACUUGUGCUGUGCGUGAGCAGGAGCCCUGCCUGGCAAAGGAGGGCUCUCGCCCGAGUUUCUUGUGCAUUGUGUCUUGGCAGGCGGCUGCGUGGUCUCCUCCUUAGGGAAGUGUCCCUGUGCAUCUCCAAGAGCUGAGAUAACACCGUGCUGCUCCUCGCUUGGCUGAGGCAAGGAGGUGGCUGCAGAGCUGCUGUGGCAUUUACUUGGUUCCUUUGCCCAGCACCAAGUGGGCUUGGGCAGGCAGAGUGUCCCCAGGCUCCGGAGCUGCAUUCCCUCCCAGCGGGCAUGUGUCAGAGGGGUGAGAUCGGCUCCUGGGGCCCAGAAGUAGCACUGGAAAGUCGUGUUCCUGCCAUGAGGGUAGAAGCUCCUUUUCAGCAGAGCCGCUUACCUUGCUGUCACCGUGCUCCAUCUCCUGGGACGGGAAGCUUGCUUUGCAGCCGGCUGGGCUGUGGCUCGGGCGCUCUGUCCUUGUGAGCUGCAAAGCGUGCUCCUGCGCAUGGUGUGGGGCGGGCACUGCAGCGGGCUGUUCAUAAUGCAGCUAAUUGCGUUGCGCUCUCUGCAAAAUCUUAAGCCGGUAACAAACAGCAUUUUCCCAAAGUAUCCAGUUAUUGAUCCAGAGGGCUGUCUUAGAGCUGGAGGAUGGAGUCAUCUUUCCAGGGCUGUCCCUGUGUGGCUGCGGGGCUGGUGGCUGAGAGCAGCCAGGAGCUGAGAGUGGAGAUGGAGUGGGGUGAGCUUGGCGUGAGCUUGGGCAAGCUGCCCAUCAGCAGCGGCCGUGGGCGUUCACAGAGCCCUGGCUGAAGUCAGUCGCCUUCCCAAACCGACGCUGCGUUGAAGAUGCUGCUGGGGUGGGGGGUGGGGGGUGGGCUGGGGAGGUGGGCUGGUCCGUGUGGAGCAGCUUGGUGAACUGCUGCUAGAAUUGAAAGCACAGCUGGGUUUGAGUGAGGCUGGGUAGCUGCUACUUUGCUGUUUCCUGGUGGUGUGAUCCUGCCCUGGUCCGUCCGCCCCUGCCACAUCCCCCUGCAGCUCCGUACCGCUCAUGGGCCCGAUUCGGCGCGCCAGCCUGAGUCUGUGGCUUGCUCCGUUACAGCAGCAGCGCUCUGGGGUUGCGGGGUGGUAACUGGGCAGGGCAGGCAAGUAACACUUGUACAGUGCUGUGGCCGUGACUGUUAUUUCUGGAUUUCCCCCCCUCCCCUUGUGAACUGGAGUCAGAUCCCUGAGGUUAUGGAUGCGGCCGGGUUUGCCCCUGAUUUGGGAAGGAGGAGCCUCGGAGGCUGGAGAUGGGGGUUGAUCAGAGACAUGGGAGAUGUGUUGCUGGUUGUUUGCAAGUGGAAACGGGUCUGGGUGUUUUGUGGCUGGUCCUUACUGCUGCGUCCCAGUGCUCCUCUCAUCGGUGCGUGUUCUCUUUUGAAGCCAGUUGUCUGCAUUUUAGCAACAGGCGAAAUAGGAAACGAGGAGCAGCAAGCUCCUGCUGCGGAGUUGUUGCUUGUGGAGCGGACUGUGGAAUUGCUUGGGUGGUAGAAGAGGUAAAAAAUUUCCAAGAGAAUUUCCCAAAAUCUAAGUUGAUCUUAAUUUUGUAAUUUCUAAGGCUGAGACUCCAGUCUUGGCAUGGAGGAGUGUCGUUCGCGUCCCCCACCCCCGUCUGCUGAGUCAGUGGUUUGUCACAACAGUGUGGCUGAGGGCCCCGUGAGACCCCCCCGUUUCCCAGGGGAAGGUGGAUCAGAAGCGCGGUCCUGCUGCCCUCCACGUUUGCGGACCGUAUGCCUUGUUUUACUCUGUCAGACAGCAGCCUAGCCAGGGAGCAAAGACAGAUGUGAAACCAGCUGUUGGUUGCUCCCUCACCUCCCUGCGGGAUGCGGGGCAGGGCGCUGCCCUCACGGUGUGGGGGGCAGGGAGCUCUGCGGGGCCGUGGUUACGGGGCAGCAUCCUGCACCCCGGUGCUGCGCGGGGGCCGUGGCAAGGCGGGGGGGUGCAGAGCGUGCGGUCCGUGCCGGGCUGGGGGGCUGGCCGCGGUGGGGCUGGCCCUGCCUGCGCCUCGCACGGGGGGCAGCUCUGCAGGGGCGCCUGACCUUGCUGCCUAGCUGCAUGCAGAAGGCAUCGCACGGCGCACGGUUCGCACCGCUGCUGGGCGAAGGGACAGCUGUCCAAAGCGGGAUUUUGCUUUGGAGAAGGUUCUUUCCCUUCUGCUGAGGAAGGAGUUUGGCCUUGCUUUUAGUUUGGAUGCUUCACCACAAUCACGUUUUUUGUGCUUUUUUUUUUUUUUUUUUUUUUUUUUUUUUUUUUUUUAAUUUUCGUGGGCUGAGGGGUUGGGCACACGUACUGCUGGGAACGCUGAGCCAUCCCGCAGCUCUCGAGGGCUGCGUGGUGCUGGCUCCCAGCCCUCGGGAGCUCCGGGGGCUCUCGGCAAGGCUGGGGGAGGCCAUAGGCCUGCAGGCAGAGCGGGGGGCGCGCUCCCCAACUCACCCCUCUCGGGACGGCCCAGGCUGCUGCAGCCCCGGGCUCCUUGCCGAGGUCAGCCCAUCUUUGGGAUGCAGGUGGGUGCAGCGGGUACGGAGCUCCGGCGUGGGGUCAGGAGUGGAGGUAGAAGGUGUGUUUCGGAGGCAGCUGCUUUGCUUUGCCGUGCUCAUUUGGGGGGGG